AAAGAAAGUCAGCUGAUCAAGAGAAGGACAGAAAGUGGCGCAUCGAUUUGUUUUUAGCCACCCCUUUUAUUUCAGUCCUUGUGCGGCGGGGGGUGGUGUGUGUUCCCGUUGUUCGGUAUUUAAUCAGAUAUAAUGUUUGAUUAAAAACUCAAGUGUGUAAUCGUGUGAGUGAAGCAACUGUUUUGAAGAAUUGAUGCAUCGGAUGCAUCCAUUGAUUUUCCGGCUUGCGAUAGUGGAAGAGGCAUAAGCUGAUUUGCGCCUUGUUCGAGAUCGUGUGGCGCAGGGCCGAGCGAUGCAGGAGUUUGUAGCCCCCGAGCUGGCUCAGCUGCUGCAUCGCCUUCCGCAUGUCAACACGUCCCUACAGCCAGUGUCGGCGCAGUUCAACCUCUCCAGCGCUAGCUAUAAGGAGUCGCUGCUGGUGGUGGGCGCCGUUCCUUCGCUGUGGUUGGUGCUCACGCUGCUGUUGCUGCUCGUGUACCUCCUGACCCGCUGCUGCUGUGGAAAACACAAACAGAGACACUCGUUUGUCGGACUCAAGUGGACGCUGGGCUUCACGGCAGUGCUCACCUGUUUGGUGAUCGCCGGCGGUUUCUAUGGCAACCACACGCUGCACGAGGGCGCCACCGAGUUUGUGGACGCCACACAGAAUAUCGCCGAUACGUUCGAUGGUGUACGAAAUGAGACGUCAGUGGUGGAGACCACACUGCUGCGCGGCGUGGGCCGCAGCUCCCAGCAGCUCCAGAAGCUGUUCCAGUCGGGAGCGAGGCCCAACAACGCCUCCAUCUACGGCUGGCUCGACAAACAGAUGACAGUGCUGGACGGUAACGUGUCGACCAGCCUGACCUCCGCCCGCCUGCUGGCCGUCAAACUGAAGGACGUUCAGCAGGACGCGCUGCCCGUCUACGUCAGGCUCUCCGAGACUAUCAGGUGGCCCGCCACGAUGGGUCUGCUCUGUCUGCUGGCUAUCUCCUGCCUGGCCCUGCUGGUGGGCGUCAUCAGACACUCGCGCUGUCUGCUCAUCACGUUCUCCAUAAUGUCGCUGUUCGCGGUCAUCAUCUGUUUCCUGCUCUCGUCUCUGCACGCCGCCGUUACUCUGGGUAUAGCCGAUUUUUGCGUGUGGCCGGACGCCGCCGUCCGUUACUCUCUCCGGGACGAGUUUCCUCCGUCCAUCUCCGACUCUGCCGUGGAGUAUUACCUCAACUGUAGCCGACCGCAGCGGCCCUCUCCCUGGACAGAGCAGCUGACCAAGGGAGAGCAGAGCGCCGCGGAGCUGGAGAGGAGCGUCAGAGAGGUGUACGAGGUUGCCGUCAAGUACUACCCCUCGCAACAGCUGGAGCCGGCGGUACAGUCUCUGACAUCGGACCUGAACCGCACCCGCCAGGCCUACCUGACCAUGGAGAAGGCCCUCGACUGUGAACAUGUUCACGAACAGUACAUUGACGCCCUGAACGCGCUCUGCCGGCCGCUGCUGCUGGGUAUGACGAUUCUGCUGAUCGCUCUACUGCUCUGCGGCCUGCUGUUCACCGUCCUGGCCUGGUGCGAUUCACACGCCUGGAUACACAUCCAGAAACGUCGCGACUACCUGCGCGUUGAGACGGCCGAUCCGUUCCUGUCUGGCGGCCGGCGACCCCCGCUGGUGGCCUCGGCGCCUCCUGCCGGCAGCGGCGGCUCGCUGCGCUCCGCGCGCACCUCGCCGCACGGCUCGCUGCUGGCCUCCCGUAACCACAGCACGCCACCCACCCUGAGGACCCGCACACCGCCGUUCCCCACCGGCGCGCCGCCCUCCGGGCCGCUGCUCGCCUUUAACGGCCGUCUGGACGAGCACCGCGCGGGCACGCUGCCGCUGCCGCGCCGCUACUCGCCCGGACCUGGAGCCGUCCCGCCGCCAUCCUAUACAGCUGCCCUGAUGCAGAUGCCCGACGGCUCAGACUACGACAACUACAGCUAGAUGACGUCAGCAACGUCAGUGAUGUCGGCGGACACCACGGCGACGUCAUCAGUGACGUGGCAAUGUCUCUAAACAUCGCCCGCCAGGUGAUCGUCAGAUAUCUGAUGUCACAUCACAAAGACUGGUAUCCCCGAGUCAACGUCACUAAGCAGAAACUGAUGUGGUGUGGACGACUGAUGGUGAGCUGUGAUGGACUUAUGAUGUAGCAGCGACUGAUGUUGGGUCAGAUGAAUUGGGAAGAGAGACUUUGAAUGUGUAAAGAGAGACACCAGUGAGGGUAACUUCGAGAGGAGCUUCGGUAGGAACGAAGUGCUAACUUGUAAAGCGAAGAGAAGGCAUGCCACACAAAGACUGGUGUUAGUGUUGAGAAGGCACCGUUUGAGAAAAGUUGCCGCUUGCUAAGAUACCGCUUUUGUCCUGUCUUCAGCGUGUAUCGUGAAGUGUUGUAAGCAAGGAGGGUGUUUUCCGUGACAGUAUGGACUUGUGUGACCACGCGGUUGUAACUUUUGGCGGACGCAUUGGUUUGAGCAGUUGCUGUCAUAGGAAAGAACCGGACUAAAGACGGCUGGAUUGGCGAAUCGUGUCAAUCCGUUAGUUUUCCUCUUUUCGGACCAACGCUGGGUUGCAAGAGAACAGCACGGAGAAACUGUUGAUGCAGUGACCCUGGAACCGAUAUGGUGUUUAUAGCUACAUAGAUCUAGAUGAUCUGUGCUCAGAUGAGAACUAGAACUCAAAGCAGUGAUCUUGCCCGUUUGUAGGUCGAGCAGUUGAGCAGAUUUUCCGCGCAAGACGCGGGAUGCCGUGUGUUCCUUUUUAGACGAUAAUUCCUCCAGGGAAUGGAAGCAGAAACGUCUUUCCAAACAGACAAGCUUGGGUCAAUUUAGAAGUUUCUCAGAGUUUGACUGUUCACAAAGACUGACUUGAAGUGCUUUUGUAAUUAUUUUUACGCGUAGAAGUGUUCGUUUUAAUUUCUUACCGAGAAGUAGCUCAUUUAUUCAAGAGAGACAGUAGACACGUCUUUGUUUUCUGAUAAGACGCUAGUCUGAAGAGAAGUUUUCGUUUUGUAAGUUAAUGCGAGACGAAAGCGAGGUCCAAGCUGCUGAAGAGAAGCUUCAGCGAUGCUGUGUUCCUUGAAACCUUAGCUUAUUUGAUGCGCCCUUUGCAAUCGCUUUCUAUAGUUGCCUGAAGUUGUGCCCUAGUAUAGUCAUGCGUGUUGCUCGUUGAACGUUGCCGAUGCAUCUUGAUUGCAAUCGUUUGCAACCUCCUCAGGGGUAAGGAGAUGGAAAUAGGCACGUGCUGCGACCGCUUACCAGCGUGUUUUCCACGAGCUUCUGCGGCGCUGCCUAAUGUAUAAACUCGCGUAUCAAUUAGUUCGUCUUCUGUAUCAGUUCACCUUAUUUUUGUAUGAGAAGUCACAUUUCAUAUACGAACUGUAGAUCGCGCUAGGGCGGUUGUGACUCGCUCCUGCCCCUUGCUUGCCGUUUACUGGAAACGCUAAUAAUGACGUCAUUGAUCUUUUAGGAGAAACUGCGUUUUAGUUGUGACGGCCAGUGCAUCUGGGUCCAAUUUUUCUCCAUUUAAACACUUCACCAUAACCAAAUUUCCACGCAACGUCAUUUCAUGACUAAAGUACGGUAUACUGCUUGCUCUAGAAUGUCGUAUGCUGAUGUAAUUAACAGUAGAAGUGCUUGCUUUACUGGUGUAAUAUUUGAUCACGGUUGAGAAGUUGGUGUUCAUUUUGUGCGUUUGUAGGACCGGCGGAGCAUAUAGUGUAUAUAUUUGAGUUAUCCAUAUAGUCUGUGCAAUGCAGAACGCCGUUCGAUCUCCAUUCCUGCUUCUGCUAAAUGUUGGCCUCGCUGUCGAACUAAAUGCCUGGCAAAAUGUCUCAGCCUGUCUGGCCUCAGUACCCAUCUCGUGCUGUAACUAUGCUGUCUGUCUUCCGUUCUGCGUAUAUGAUAUCUACACUGUUGUAAUACUUGUAUCGACAAUGUGACUGAGAGACUUGCCGACAUGUUGUGUUUUCCUUUUACACCGCCGUAAUAUCCACGCUGUGACUGCGAAGCUGCGUUUCUUUUGUAUCUAUUCAUAUGCUGCUUUCAAAGAAUGCUGUUCCUUUCUGUCGCUGAUAAAUAUCCCUAUGUUUUCUAUAUCUGUACAUCUUUUUCUGUAUCGUAUGUAGCCUGUUCUAGCUAUAGAUAAAUUAGGCGAUGUCUUUCAUCGCCUGCUUUCUUGCCGCUUCCAUUGCCGAUCUCAUUGGUGGUUUACGUGUGCGUGUUUAACUGCAGAUCAAACGAACACCAGUGGCUAGUGCAAGGUUAACACGCAUUCUAGACAAUACAACCUCUUUGAAACGUU